AUGGCUUCACACAUGAAUCACUUCAAUUUGUUGCAUACCAUCUCCCUUUUAUACUUUUUGUUCACACUCACCUGCAUUGGAUCAUCCCUAAGCCAUGAUCAGGAAUGCUCAGCCUUGUUUCAGUUUAAGCAAAGCUUAAUCCAUCAAGGUGAUGAAGCAUUUUGUGGUGCUAGUUGGUUUCAAACAUUCCACUCUUGGAAGCCCACCAGCAAUGCAUCAAAUGCUCGUUUUGAUUGUUGUUCAUGGUAUGGGGUGGAGUGCAGAAAUGAGCAUGAGUAUGGUCAUGUGAUCGGCCUUGACUUGAGUGAAUGCUCUCUUUGUGGUCGUAUCAACUCUACCAGCACCCUCUUUAGCCUUGUUCAUCUUCAAAGUCUCAACCUUACCUUCAACUACUUUGAUGAAUCUCAAAUCCCAUCUGAGAUUUCUCAUCUAAAGCAAUUAAGAACCCUCAAUCUCUCUUACUCUGGGUUUAGAGGCCAAAUCCCAAAUGAAAUCUCACAGUUAAUGCAGUUAUCUUCUUUAGAUCUGUCAUGGAAUUUACUAAAGCUUCACAGUCCUAGCCUCCAAAAAUUAGUGCAAAACUUAACCCUACUUGAAGAACUCGAUCUCUCAGAGAUUGACAUUAGUUCUUCUGUACCUCAUUUCUUGACCAACUUUUCUUCUUUGAGGUCAAUCAGGCUACAAAACUGUUCACUUCACAAUGAAUUCCCUGCAGCCAUUCUUCAGCUACAGAAGUUGAAAAUUCUUGAUUUGUCAUUCAAUAUCAACCUCAGCGGUUCCUUUCCUCGAUUUCGUUACAACAGCUUACUUGAACAUGUAGAUGUAAGUUCAACAGGUUUCUUUGGGAUUUUACCAAAAUCCAUAAGCAACCUAAACCAUUUAAUAUUCUUGGGCCUUACUAAAUGCUCUUUCACUGGGAACAUUCCAAGUUCACUCUGUAACUUGACGCAACUCACUUACUUGGGUCUUGGUGACAACAAGUUCAUAGGCUUUGUUCCUUCAUUGAUAAGUCUUUCUAAACUCAAUGAUUUGGGACUUAAUGGUCACAGAUUCAAGAAUGGACACUUGCCCAACUGGCUUGGGAAGCUGACUGAACUUGAUGAAUUACAUGUAAACUAUAUGAACAUAAACGGUGAAAUCCCACCAUUUCUUGCAAACCUAACCAAACUUAGAGUUAUUGGGAUGGCAACAAAUUCUCUUAUUGGUCUUCGCCUACUAGAUAACAAUUUCAGCGGUAGAGUAGACUUAGACACGUUCCUAGGACUCACCAAUCUCGAAAUUCUUAGGUUAGGUAAUAACAUGAUAUCAUUAGUUGCCACCGGCAACUAUACCAAUACCACCCUACCACAAUUUUUAUUUUUAGACCUGGCAUCAUGCAACUUAAAGGAAUUUCCUGGCUUUUUGCGAUUCCAACAUAAAAUGGAAGUUUUAUUUCUCGAUAGCAACAAGAUUGAUGGCAUGAUACCGGUGUGGAUUUGGAACAACAGCACAGAAACAUUAGAGGUGAUUGACCUUUCAUACAACUCCAUCAGUGGCUUUCAUCAUCAUCCUCAUUUUCUACAAUGGCGACAACUACAAGUAUUCUCCAUUGAGAAUAAUCAGCUACGAGGAAAGCUACCAAUUCCACCAAAAACCACAAUUCUUCUUUACUCCUCAAAUAAUUAUCUGACAGGAGAAAUACCACCAAUGAUAUGUGAGAUGAAAUCUCUUCAACUGUUAGAUUUGUCUUCCAACAACAUGAGUGGAAAACUUCCUCCAUGUUUCGGUAGCUUAAGCAAUUCGUUGUUGGUUUUGGAUCUGAGACGAAAUAACUUUCAUGGCACAUUAAUGAUGACUGCAUUCAUGCAUGGAACCCGGCUGGAAAGUAUUGAUUUGAGCGAAAAUCACUUUACGGGUCAGCUACCAAGAUCAUUGACAAAUUGUACCAGUUUAGUGUUUCUGUCUCUUGGAGAUAACUCUUUUCAUGACGUCUUUCCUUUUUGGCUGGGAACUCUUUCUAAGCUGGAAGUUCUCAAUUUACGGUCCAACAACUUUUAUGGUCCGAUUCAAGGUUCGACGACAGUUUGCUCACAGUUCCCUAAGUUGCGGAUCAUAGACCUCUCUAACAACGCUUUUAGUGGUCGGUUGCAGAAAAAGUACUUCCAAACUUGCAACGCCAUGAAAUUACUUUAUGCUGGUAAAUCAUCUGUUUUGGAAACAGUGAUGUUCGUUAAACCAUUUGGGUCAACGUUCAUAUACACGAUGACCAUAAUACAUAAAGGUGUCAGAACACAAUACGAAAAGAUUUCAACCAUAGUCAUGGCCAUUGAUCUCUCUUGUAACCAUUUUGAAGGAGAAAUCCCGCUAUCACUCCAAGAUCUUCGAGGGCUUCAAUCACUCAACCUUUCCAACAAUCAUUUUACAGGACCCAUAUUGCCCUCACUAGGAUUUCUAAAGAAUCUUGAAUCUUUGGAUCUCUCCCGAAACGAGCUAUCUGGAGAAAUUCCUCAACAGUUGGUGCAACUCAACUUCCUUUCCAUUUUCAAUGUGUCAUUCAACCAUCUUGGUGGGCGCAUACCCGAAGGGAAACAAUUUAAUACAUUCGAGGAUGACUCCUACAAGGGGAAUCCUGGGUUAUGCGGAAAACCUUUAUCUAAGAAAUGUCAAGCAAUCGUUACGAAGUAUUUAUGA